AUGAGAUUCUUCGGCACCAUUCCCUUCUUCAUCGGCAUGGCCCUGUCGCAGAGCAUCGAGAUUGGGUUGCCCGCUCCUAAUCAACGAUUGUCCAAGGGAGCCAACGUGACGGUUCAGAUUCAACGCCCAAACAAUCAGAGUGGCUCAAAAGAGAUGGCUGUCGCCAUUGGAAUCUAUUCCUGUCCCACCUCCGAGUGCUUCACCCCGGAUGAAACUAUGGGGACUAUCCUUUACGUUGGCUCGUUCGACCCCAAAUACCACGAAUUCAAUCUUCCGCCUUAUCAAAACUUUACCGUCAAGUUGCCAUCUGAUCUGGGCGCGGUGAACAAAGUCCCGGAAUAUCUUUUUGUACCGUUGAGUGUUGACAUUUCUGGUCGAUUUCUAGGUUUCACUCAGUCCCUAUCUUGA